UCCAGGCUCCAAAAAAUAUUCAAGAUUAAGUUUUAUUAUCCGACUUUAUUCCUUAAAGUGUGUUCACGGAAUCACGGAGUCUGGAUUUGGGGCUAUAUUAGAGCUUAUCAAAGAAGCUUUUCCAGAGGCAAACAUACCACUGUCCUUCAACGCUGCUAAGAACAUAAUUAGGGAUUUAGGGCUCGAUUAUCAAAAGAUACACGCUUGUCCAAACCAUUGCAUGUUGUAUUGGGGAGAGAAUGAAAAUGAAAACUCUUGCAGAACUUGUGGUAUUUCAAGGUGGGUUGUAGUGGAAAAGAAAGGGACCAGUGAUGAUAAUACGGGGAAGACAAUUCACAAAGUCCCUGCAAACGUGAUGCGUUAUUUUCCACUACGCCCUAGGCUGCAAAGACUAUUUAUGUGCAAAGAGUAUUCAACACUUAUGGUAUGGCAUGCAGUAGGACGUAAAUUAGAUGGAAAACUCAGACAUCCCGCUGAUGGGGAGGCUUGGAAGACAAUGGACAGAACAUACCCUCUCUUCUCAAGCGAAAAUAGGAACAUUAGGUUGGGUCUAGCAUCUGAUGGAUUUAAUCCAUACCGAUCGAUGAAUAUAAAUCAUAGUACCUGGCCACCAGUAAGUCGGCAAGUGCGAGGAGGAAGUUGGAUUUGCAAAAUCCACCACACGAGGAUGAAACCAUGGGAGAGAAUGUUACUGAGGGUACAAACCUACCUCCUCCCCCACCCUUGACAGAGUAUGAAGUUCAGAGAGCUAUAAGGAUCCAAAAGAAUAAUGAAGUUUAUUAUGCUCUGAAUUUACCUGUGCUAUCAGCUGGACUUAAAAAAGCUGAAUCGAAGGACAAACAAAAAGAAAAGACGCGGGAUGGGAGUGAAGAUUAUGAUCCAGCACAGGAUGAUGGUAGCGAUGCUGCUGGAUCAGUGUCUCCACCAAAGGGAAAGAAGAAAGAAAGUAAAAAAAAGCUUGUCAUGGGACGUGGACCAACAACACGUUCUCGAGCCAAUGUUGGAAGCAAGACAACUGAGGAUGGAAGCGAUAAGGAACCGACGCAUCAUUCGGUACAACCAACAACAGUUGCAAAUCCAUUAAUUGAGAUACCCCAAGCAGAUGAUGGAAAUGGUUCAAUGACUGCUUUUUUGGCUCUCCGGAAACGCCAACAAGAGGACGCUAAAAAGGAAAAAGAAGAAAAAGAAAAGCUCGAAAAAGAAAGAGUUGAAAAGAAAAAAGCUCUUGCAGAUGCAAGUAAAAAGGUUGUUCAAGAAUCUAUGUCUGAAAUAGAAGAGGGCGAUGAAGAAGUUGUAGUUCCAUACCGCCCAAGAGGAAAGACAAGAAUGGAUAAAGUUCAUACAAGAAGUUUUGAGCAGAGAAUUGUGAUUGGGAUGAAUGAGCUGGGCCAACCCAUAACAGAAAAUGACAAGGUACUCUCUGAGCUGAGUAGCUUUUUGGGAACACUGGCCAAGCGAUGUGUGCCACUGACUUAUGUAACUUGGCGCAAAGUUCCUAAAAAUUUGAAGGAAACUAUGUGGAAUUAUGUCAAGGCCCGCUAUAUUAUUCCCGAUGAACUGGAAAGUUGGGCAAUUGAGACAAUUCAUGCGUCCUGGAGGGGGUAUAAGUGUCGAACUAAGGCAGCGCAUUAUACAGCUUUUGAAACUGAUGAAAUUAGGCUACAAAAUAGGCCUGAUGAUAUUCCACUUGAGAGGUUCAAAUUGCUGUUGGAAUAUUGGAAUGAUGAAAGUAUUCAGGAUAAAGCCAGGAAAAAUUCAAAUAGCCGCAAGUCAUAUACCGAGACUCACACUCUUGGUCCUAAAAGUAUCGCACAGCUUCGACACAAAAUGAAAAAGAAUGCCCCAGAUGAGUCUGAACCAUGUGAUGCAGAGGUUUUUGUGAAAACUCGGACUCGUGAUGCAGGACGCAAGUACAAGACCAGUACUAAAACAAUGGAAAAGAAAAUUGAUAAAAUUAACAAAAAAAUCAAUUCCGGGGAGGCUGCUGAUGAAAUGCUUUUGGAUAAAGAGCAUGGCCCGACUUGGCUCUUAGGGAGAUGCAAGAAGCCGCAAAAACUAUCAGCUGCUGCUCCAACGGAUACAUAUGUCAAAGAAUUGACAACAAAAAUUAAGGAAGGCCUUGCUGCUGAAGUCGAGGAAAAAGUGAAGAAAAUCCAAGAAGAGGUAGAUGAGCAGGUAAACAGGAAGGUGCAACAAAAUUUGGCAUCGGUCCUUAAGAAACUUGGUGAAGCAAACCCCAACAUCACAAUUGAUGUUACAGAGCUGUGUGCACAUGUGGCUAGUGACAAUGACGAUGGCACACCAAUGACUAAAGGCACCAGCUUCUAGUUUGCUAAUAGUAUGGUUGUUUAGACUUUGGUUCUUUGAAGUUAUUUUGACUAGCUAAUAGUAUGGGGUUAUAUAUCUAGACUUUUUGUUAUUAAACUGUUAGUUUGCUGGUAGUUGGUCGAUUCUGGAUAUUAUGUUGGUUUAGCUGUGGAUUUGAUGUUGGAGUAAAUUGGAUUUGAUGUUGGUUUUUGUAUGUUUACAAUGGUUUGUUGAAAUGAUGGACAAAUUUUGGGAA